CCUUUCAACUCCUCACAGAUUUAUUGCCUCUUUGUCUAAAAAAUACAACAACAGCCUGCCUUGGUCAUUUCUUUAGGUCUCCGUGUCAUUACGGGGCCUCUGUGUGCACGUAAUGAAACUUUUUUACCCCCCCUCCUGUGACUCUGUCUCAUGUCCCCUUAAUUCUGAGGCCAGCUGGAAAUCCUGAGAAAGCACAGGAGGUGGUUCUUCCCCUGCCAUAGGUGUGGCCGCUGGGUUAACUUCCGCUGCAUAUUUGCCCCGGAGGAUUCUGCAGCUUUAAGAUCUCGGGGGAUCUGACAUACAGCCGGCAGAAGGACUUGCUCUGUUUAUCGGCAAUCGUCAGACUUCAGCAUGGUCACCUCUCCGCUGCUGGCUUUUGUGGCAGUUUCAGUUUUCUGUGUCUUAAAAGUCAGCUCCCGGGAUACAUUUAUUGCAGCUGUUUAUGAACACGCAGUGAUAUUGCCUAAUGCUAGCCUGAUACCAGUGUCCCGUGAAGAGGCAUUGGCAUUAAUGAACCGAAAUCUGGAUCUUCUGGAGGCAGCAAUCACUUCAGCAGCAAACCAGGGUGCACGUAUUAUUGUGACUCCAGAAGAUGGUAUUUAUGGCUGGAACUUUACCAGGGAAACUAUCUACCCAUACCUGGAGGAUAUCCCAGACCCUGGAGUGAACUGGAUCCCUUGUAAUAAUCCCAAAAGGUUUGGCUACACCCCAGUGCAAGAAAGACUCAGCUGCCUGGCCAAGGACAACUCUAUCUACGUUGUGGCAAAUAUUGGGGACAAGAAGCCAUGCAAUGCCAGUGACCCUCAGUGUCCCCCCGAUGGUCGUUACCAGUACAACACCAAUGUGGUGUUUGAUUCUCAGGGAAAACUGGUGGCACGCUAUCAUAAGCACAACCUUUUCAUGGGUGAAAAUCAAUUCAAUGUACCCAAGAAGCCUGAGGUUGUGACUUUUGACACCAUCUUUGGAAGAUUUGGCAUUUUCACGUGCUUCGAUAUACUCUUCUAUGAUCCUGCUGUUACUCUGGUGAAAGAUUUCCAUGUCGAUACCAUAGUCUUCCCAACAGCAUGGAUGAAUGUUUUGCCACAUUUGUCAGCUAUUCAGUUCCACUCAGCUUGGGCAAUGGGCAUGGGGGUCAACUUCCUUGCAUCCAAUAUACAUCACCCCUCAAAGAGAAUGACAGGAAGUGGCAUCUAUGCACCUGAUUCUCCAAGAGCAUUUCAUUAUGAUAUGAAGACAAAGGAGGGAAAACUCCUUCUCUCACAACUGGAUUCUCACUCACACAGCCCUGUAGUGAAUUGGGCUUCUUAUGCCAGUAGUAUAAAGGCAUUCUCAACAGGAAAUCAGGAAUUUAAGGGUACUGUCUUUUUUGAUGAAUUCACCUUCUUGGAGCUCACAAGAGUCACAGGAAAUUACACAGUUUGUCAGAAAAAACUCUGCUGUCAUCUAAGCUACAAGAUGUCUGAAAAGAGAAGAGAUGAAAUUUACGCCCUGGGGGCAUUUGAUGGACUCCAUAUUGUCGAAGGGACGUAUUAUUUACAGAUUUGUACCCUGCUGAAAUGUAAAACAACAGACUUAAACACUUGUGGUGGUGCAGUUGAAACAGCUUCUACCAGGUUUGAAAUGUUUUCCCUCAGUGGCACUUUUGGAACUCAGAAUGUCUUCCCUGAGGUGUUGCUAAGUGAAAGCCAGCUUGCACCUGGAGAAUUUCAGGUGUCGAGUGAUGGACGCUUGUUCAGCGUGAAGCCGCCAUCUGGACCUCUCUUGACCGUGACUCUAUUUGGGAGAAUGUAUGAGAAGGACCAGACAUUAAAGGCUUCAUCAGACCCCCAGGCACAAACACUGGGAAUAAUGCUCUUAGUCAUAAUGCCAGUUGUGUGCUCAUUCAGUUGGUAGAAUAUUUCCAUUUGCUCUCUUUCAUUUUGUGUAAUUAAAAAAAUGAUGGAUGAGAAAAGAAGGAUGAAGAUCAUAACAGUGAUCAUGGUCUCUUGUACAAAUGAUUAGAAAUAUAUAUACAUAUAUAGUUCACUAUUUUUACAUACACACACACACACACACACACCCAGAUAACAGAAGCCAGAUAAACAGUGACACAAUUUUGAAAGGUAAAAUCUAUAAAAUGAGGGUAACAGUUUUACCCACAUUUUAGGGUUUUUUUUUUUUUUUUUUUUUUGGUGAAAAUUAAAUAAUUGAAUGCAUUUAAAGUCCUUAGACAAGUUUCUGGAUCAUGGAAAGUACUGUAUAUGUGCUAGCUAUUAACAAUGUGUAUGACUAUCACAAUAAAACCAUGUGUGAUAUACUUAUUGCUAAAAUUACAUCACCUCUGAUUGUCUAAAGUGUAAACAUCUUCCCCUGGCUCAGCCACCCUGCAUAUUUCAGUUAGAAACUCAGUGAACUCAACAUCAGUUAAUUGGUUUUGGCUCGAUACCGAACAAUGAUUAUCCCAGAAGGCAGCUGGACUUAACACCUAGGAACUUAUUAGAGCGCCUCCACUUUUUUGAGUGUUUUUCAGUGCCUCUUCAGUGUUUUACCUAUCUUAUCAGCCUAUAAGCAUAUUAAUAGGGUGGUUCUAAACCAAACAUUUUCCAAAUCUGGACUGUGAUCUGUUUUUGCAUGGCCUGUGAGCUAAGAAAGGUUUUUAUGUUUCUAAAGUGUUGAAAAGCAAAGAAGAAUCAAAAGAAGGAGAAUAUUGUGUGACACAUGAAUGUGAUCUGAAAUUCAAAUUUCAGUCUCCAUAUCUAAAGUUUUAUUGAACACAGCCACAUUUAUUUAAGUAUUGUUGAUGGCUGUUUUUAUUUUAUGCUGUGGUGGUGAAGUUGGGUAGUUAACCAGACCCUAUGGCCAGAAAAGCUGCAAAUAUUUACUGCCUGACCCUCUACAGAAAAAGUUUGUUGACUCCUGCACUGAAGUAAAAUAACAAUGGAUUUUAGUAUUGAAAACCUUUAAAACAACUUAGUGGGCAAAUUGCCUUUAAGUGUCUUUCUUGUAAUUCUUUCACAAAAGGAGAAAUAAAAUAUCUUUAUUUGCUUUGUAUGAUACACCAUCACACACACAAGAUUACCCUGAUUAACUUAAACCAAAUGUGCUAAGUAAACAAAUAGCCCAAAUAAGUGAAGCUAAUUUUUAUGAACAUUAUUGAUAUUUAUUCACUAUAAGAUACACACCACAAAGUGUUUUUUUGUUUUGUUUUGUUUUGUUUUGCAUUUGGUAUGUUCUAAAAUUCCUGAGAGAAAGCAUAUUAGUUUUUAUUUUCAAAUUUUUCCUGGAAAUCAACUAAGAACUACUCAUCUGAACAUACUCUCUCAUAUUUUCCCCUGUGACAAGCUUACUAGCUUGUCUUAGCAUGAUAUUUCUUAAUUUUAAACAUUACAAGUAGUGAAUUUACUUUUUAGAAAUGGUAUUUACUCUGUCCAUACCCAGCUCUGGUUACUUUUUCACUCUGGAUUUCUUUAACACAUACGUAUUUUAUGAUAGCUUUGAUAUGCUUUUUAACUGUGAUUUUUAUUUCCUCUGCAUAAAACAUUUGCGAUGCUCUUUUAAUACAAACAA